AUGGCGAUUAGAGGUGCAGCUUCUUCAAUCGGAAGACAAACAAGCACAUCAUCUCUGCUCUCGAUUUCAGGAUAUCUCCGAACUAGAUAUCAUGGUUAUGCUUCAAACCCUCUUCAUAGAUCACUUUCAUUUCCCCAUUCCCAAACAGGAUUUAAGUAUUCGAUUCGCGCAAUACAAGGGGCAGCAGCAGAUCCUGUAGCUCCCAAGAAAGAAGACGAGGAACAAUUAACCAAGGAAUGGAAGAUUAAAAUGCUUUACGAUGGCGAGUGCCCUCUUUGCAUGCGUGAGGUCAAUAUGCUAAGAGAGAGGAAUAAGAGCUAUGAAACAAUCAAGUUUGUUGAUAUAAGUUCGGUUCAAUACUCUCCGGAGGAGAAUCAGGGCCUUGACUAUGAAACUGUUAUGGGAAGAAUUCAUGCGAUCCUAUCUGAUGGAGCUGUAGUCACAGAUGUCGAGGCAUUUAGAAAACUAUAUGAAGCAGUUGGUCUGGGAUGGGUUUAUGCCAUAACCAAAUACAAGCCUGUUGCAACAAUAGCCGAUGUUGUGUAUGGUGUUUGGGCUAAAUAUCGUCUUCAAAUAACAGGCCGGCCACCUCUAGAAGAAGUUCUAAUGGCACGGAAGAAGAAGGCUGUAGGUUAUCCACUUGCUUCUUCCAUGCUUCGCCAAGCGCUCAAGUCCUUGGCCACAAUAUGGAAAGCUUGA